AUGAGUUGGGCAGAACCAGUAACAGCAGUAGAAGCAUCAGCAUCAGCAGCUGCAGCUGCAACAACCACUGGAAAACGUAGUCAGUGCCCUCCCAGAGCUGCCCCCUCGAAAGGGGCCCAGCCCCCUCCUGAGGGACCGCAUCUCGGCUCCUACUCUUUAACUGUGCAGUUCCUAAGGGACCCCAAAGCAAGUGAAGCUUCUGUUUCGUUCUCCAGGCCGCAGACACCCCAAGCAUUGGCGGGUGUACCAGCAGCAGCACCAGCAGCAUCACCAGCAGCAGCAGCACCAGCAGGAAACACAUUAGGAUUUGAGUUGGCUUCUACCUGGCCGUGGACCAGGAGCACCAUCAACAGCUGGCUGCAAACCACCAUGGAGACCUCCCCUCCCCUCUUGAGUCGACCCCUCAGCUGCUCCUUGAGCCACCGCUCCGAUUGCUCAGAUGCAGCAACCGCUCCCUCAGACUCAAGAGAUGACUCAGCAGCAGGAGCAGCAGCAGGGCUGGCAGCAGUAGAGGAGGCUGUCCUUACACCCCGCGGUUGCGGCGGUCUAGUGGGUGGAUUGAGCUGUAUGGAGGACAGCAGCAAGGCAUGUAACAACAGCAGCAGCAGCAGCAACAAUAACAGCAGCACGAACAGCACUAGCAACAACAUCAGCAGCAGCAGCAGUAGCAGCAGUAGGAGCAGCAGGAGCAGUAGGAGCAGCAGGAGCAGCAGGAUCCGUGGUGGCAGCAGCUGCUGUGUGGUGGGUGUACACGAUCCUGUAUCUAUAGAGAAGCCUCCAAUAUGUGCAGCAAAAGCAGCAAGAUAA